AUGGAGCAAAAUAUACAAAACCUUCCCAUUGAUAUACAAACCAGUAAACUUCUAGACUGGCUGGUGGAUAGACGCCACUGCAAUUUGAAAUGGCAAAGUGCAGUAAAAGGAAUCAGAGAGAAGAUCAAUGCUGCCAUUCAGGACAUGCCAGAGCAUGAGGAGAUCAAGGCACUCCUCUCUGGGUCUUACAUACACUAUUUCCACUGUAUACGAAUUGUGGAAAUUCUGAGAAAGACUGAAGCUUCAUCUAAAAACAUCUUUGGCAGAUAUUCAUCUCAGAGAAUGAAGGAUUGGCAAGAAAUUAUUUCCCUUUAUGAAGUGGACAGUGUCUAUUUGGCUGAGCUGGCCAGCUUGCUGAGUCGUAAUGUCAGUUAUGAAGGUCCAGCCCUGAGAAAGCAGAUCUCCAAAGCGCAGCAGCUGCAGCAGGAGCUGAGCCGACGGGAAAUUGAGUGUCAGAACUCUGCUGCAGACCUCAGGGAACGAUAUUACGCUGCAUGUAAACAGUACGGAAUCACAGGAGAAAAUGUGGCUCGGGAGCUACAAGGUCUUGUCAAAGAUUUGCCAGCUGUGCUGGAUGAAGUUGGAGGAGAUGCUGCAAAGUUAGAAAAGCAAAUUCAACUUUACGCUGCAUUUACCAACUUUGUGUGUGAGUGGUCUGAACCAGUACUACCCAUGCUGACGUUUGUCUCGAAAAGCAGAAAUGCUACGUUUUAUGAAUGGAGAACGGGUAAAGCUCCUACAAUCGUUGAGCGACCAGUUGUUGAAGAGGCCCCUCUUGAAACAGUAGAAGAUGGAGCAAUUGACUGGGGAAACUUUGGUACAAGUUCAGACAUUCAAGGUGUAAACCAUGACAUUCAAGUUGAAGAGGCAAUUGACUGGGGCAUCAGUGUUGAUUCUGGGGAUGCAGAUGCUGGUGACAUUGACUGGGGCGACAGUGGUACUGCUCCGAUUGAAAUUGAAGUGGUGGAUGCUGGUACAAACUGUCCAGAUGGUGUGGCUAGAGGUGAAGAUUCCUUGUCAAUCCUGGAAAACCCCCAAUCACGCAACCAAUUUAUUGAUGAAUUAAUGGAGCUUGAGGUAUUCCUGGUGCAGCGUCUUACUGAGAUGAGUGAAGAGGCAGAUGUAGUGGCCAUGAGUCAGUUUCAGAUGGCUCCUUCUGUGAUACAAAGCCAAAGCUCUGAACAUGUCCAGGCAAUGUUAUCAGAGGUCCGCAAUAUCCUCGGCCGACUGACCACACUCCGAAUGCAACAUCUCUUCAUGAUCCUGGCCUCACCAAGAUAUGUGGAACGCGUAACAGAGAUGCUUAGACAAAAGCUCAAACAAGCAGACAUUUUAGUGCUGAAAAGUGCUGCAAUGGUGGAAAGGAGACAAGAAACAUUAGAAGAACAGUCCAAGCUGGAGCCUCGUGUAGAAGUUCUGACCGAAUGCACCAAGGAACUACAGAAACUUAUUGAAGCAGACAUUUCAAAGCGGUACAACAACAGACCUAGCGGUUCUUGGGAAGCGCAGAGAGCUGCCAUGAAGACACUGCUGCAAAAUCUGGAUUCGUGCGCGUAUUGGACAAGGAACACUGUAUGA